CAAAAUGGCGGCGUCCGUGAUGGAGCAUGGCGAGGACGCGUUUCGGAAGUUGUUUAAGUAUUACAAGCAGAGAAACCCUCCCCCUGUUCUCAGCGAUGUGAUCGACUUCUCUAAAGGUGUGCGGAGUGAAAAGGUAGUUGCAGUUAAACUUGACCCUUCUGCAGUGAGUGACGGGAAGGCCAGAAGAGCAGGACUGCAGCCUGUUAGGGACUGGAGAGCCUUUGGCCUCCAAGGCUAUCCAGGGUUCAUCUUCAUCUCCAACCCCUUCCUGCUGGGAUCCCAGGCCUUCUGGGUCAGGCAGUGUCUGAAGACCUACCCUCAGAAACCCAACGUAUGUAACCUGGACAUGCACAUGUCCCCGACUGACACAGAGGACAUCUGGAGCAAGAGUGCACAGUUUCUCAGGAGUCCACCAUCCGGUAAGGGGAAACCAAAGACACUGCUGGAGAAGCUUCGCUGGGUGACCCUGGGCUACCAUUAUAACUGGGAUACCAAAACGUACUCAGCCAAACAUCACAGCCCUUUCCCAGCCAGCCUCCACUCACUCUCCAGCAACAUAGCAGCAGCAUGCGGCUUUCCCAGCUUCAGUCCUGAGGCCGGAAUCCUUAACUACUACCACGCCGAUUCCUCACUAGGAAUCCAUGUGGACGAGUCGGAGCUGGACCACUCACCGCCGCUGAUCUCAUUCAGUUUCGGCUGGUCGGCCAUCUUCCUGCUGGGCGGCACUCGGAGAGAAGACCUGCCGACCGCCAUGUUCAUGCACAGCGGCGACGUGAUGGUCAUGUCAGGCUCCAGCCGCCUCCUCUACCAUGCUGUGCCACGAAUCGUACCAGCGCCUCAAGAAGACCCCUCCCAUCCAGCCUUUGAGACUGACCAAGGGGUUGCCCAGAACUUGCACCAGACAGAGGGCCCCCUUGUGGAGCAAGUGUGUGAGGAGGACUGGGCGGUGUGCUCCAGGUACAUGCAGCGCUCCAGGCUGAACAUGACUGUCCGACAGGUGCUGGGACACGGACAGAGUUUCCCAGAAACAAACCCUCAUGCUAUUAUGCCAAGAGAUGAGCCGGACUUCCUGUCUGGGGAGAGCAGGGGGCAAAAGAGAAGUGAUGCUAUUUACUCUUAGAUCACACCACCAGCAUACUUAAGACUGUCAUGCUUGCAUUAUAAGGAGCUAUGGUGUACUGUAGAUAUUAAACAUUUGUGAAAAUGUAACUUGUUUUUUUCAAAGUCAAAUACACAUUGAAACAAAGUGUGUCAUUUCUCUUCAAAAGACCAAAAACAUGACAAAAUAAACCUCACUUUGCAAACGGAGACCACCAGAAUGUGGCUGUUGACUGAGCAAACGCAGUUUGCAUCCCUUCCAGCAGAAAGCCAGAGUAGAAUGUUCUGGUUCUGUGGUGCUGAUCUGGUGUGUGACCCAAGUCAGGAACUUCAAUCUGGGGAGGUGUGUUCGACUGUUGAGACAUGUUGGAGGAAGGAUCCUGUGGCAACAGGACAACACCGCCUUGUUCUCCUUAUAGCGAGAAGGUUCCGGGUUCAAGCCCCGGGGUAGUCCUACCUUGGUGGGUCGUCCUCUGUGUGGAGUUUGCAUGUUCUCACCGUGUCUGCGAGGGUUUCCUCCGGGGGCUCCGGUUUCCUCCCCCAGUCCAAAGACAUGUAGGUCAGGUGGAUCAGCCGUACUAACGUGUGUGUGCGUGGUGGCCUGUCCCUGGUGUCUCCCCGCCUGCCGCCCAGUGACUGCUGGGCUACGCUCCAGCGACCCUGAGAGCAGGAUCAGCGGUUCGGAUAAUGGCUGGACUUUGACCGCGAGCAAAAGAUGUCCUGGGGGGGGGGGGGUAGCAGGGAACUGGCGUAUGGUUUUCCUCAGUUGGUGUUUUGAAGUGUGUCUGGAAAUAAUUUUCCCAAAAAAACAAACCUGUAGAACUGAGAAAUAAGAUCGAAGAGGUGGACCCUCCAGUGACACACUUGGGUUUCUUCUGGAUUCUGAGGCUCACGUUUGGUUUCAGUUGAAAGUACUUCCGUUUAACUCCGCUUCAGUCUUCUGCUUUUUCUGAUCUCUCUUAGUUUACAUGAUUUUGUCAGUGCUUUUUUUUUUCUUGUCAGAUAGUUCAACUGUUUCAAGAAUCCACAUGUAUUUUACGUCGGUUUAUAUUUUGCCCAAAAUGUAAACCAAUAAACACAC